UUGAGAAAACUUUGUGAAAAAAAAUUCUGGAAACUUUUUUUUUCCGAUGUGAAAACAAAACUGAAACAAACAAAAUUCUUGGAACAUAUCAUUAUCAUGUGUGUUUUGUGUCGGUGAUUGUGUGAAAUAACUCAACGAGAAAACAACAGCAACGGUAAAACGUGAAAAAAAUGUCUUCUUUUCCAUCGAAAAAUCAUCAAACUCAAUCCAAAUUGAUGGCUUCAAUUAAACAAUAUCAUUUUUCAUCAUCCAUAUCAUCAAUAUUUCAACGGUCAUCAUCCAUAUCAUCAUUGAUUGAUUUAAUCAUAAAAACAAUAUUCAUCCUUUCAUUAUUUAUAACAGAUGGUAAAAGUAUACAUAUAAAUCGUUUUGAAGUGCCCGAAGCAGUUGAACGUGGCCAUUCAGCAACAUUAUAUUGUGAUUAUCAAUUAGAAUCACAUGAAGAAUUAUAUGCAAUAAAAUUUUAUAAAAAUAAUAUUGAAUUUUUUCGUUACGUUUUGCGAUUAUCAAAAAAUAAUUGUUUUACGAUUAUCGUUAUGAAAUCAUUUUUCUGGUUGUAG